AUGUCGACCACAGAAACCGUUCUUCUAGAGCCUCCGUGGGCAAAGUCGGGGAACAAAUGGUUCCGCACCGCAUAUAAAUGGAAGAGAGACGAGAUAUUCAACUGGAUGGCAGAUAUGACCAAAGCAGAUGGUGCUGGACCUGAAGACCAAGAGACGCGCGAUCUCCUCACAGCAAUCCGCGGUCGUUUAAUCGAUCUUUCCCUCCCAAAAGGAAGCCUAUACAUGGACAAAACAAGGCGACCAGAUUCACAUAUUUCACGAAACAUGAACCUAGAUUGGAAGAGAGAAGAUAAGACAUCAUCAAAGUUCAAUGUCAGUCCCAUGUUCUUCCGUCAGAUUACAAAGACCUUCAAAGGCCCAGCACCGGACUGGUGGUGCCCCUAUGAUCUCCUUGGCCUUUUCCUCGGCCUCUUAGGUCCGGCGCCGUCCACUGCUACCAAGUACAACUUCUACCUCCCCCUCACAGGCGUUUACGGGCGUUGGUGCGCACGUAUUGCUGGUAAACCAGAGAAGAGCUGGAAGUGGGAGCCGGAUGUCAAAGGUGAAGGCACUCUGCCAUACGUUUUCCAAUGUACAUGGAGCCUUGAAGUCGAUGAGAGCACCAAGAAGCAUUGGGCCAAAUACUUUCUCGGAGCAUCUACUGCAGGCGACAACUGGGAGAUCAAGAAUCCCAAAUCUCCCAGAUAUACUGGAGCUUGGAGGGAACGUGUGGGAGAGGACCGUUUUAAGAUGCUAUACAGAUGUCAGAGAAUAGUCAUGGUACGCGAAAGCGACUACAGAGAGAAAAAUGCACCCAGUCAGACUGCCGCCAACGGCAGUAAGGUGGCUUAUGGAAACUGCGCCGAGACUUACCCAUUUAUAAUGAUAUCCUCAAGUAACACGACACAGAACUUGAAGUCGAUGUCAGGACUUGCUCUCCAAAAGAACUUCUUGAAAGAUGGAGAAUACGCCGAGUAUAACGCAGCAUCCGGUACUGCCAUUUGGGAAAAUUUGAUGGCUCCUUGUCCCAAUUGUACGAUGCUUAUUGCUCAGGUCGGGGCAACUAGAUCCAAGUUCGACUUGGAGAAAGGUCAGGGAACGCCUCCAAAGCCACUGGCAUCGAUACUAGCAACCCAGGACGUGUCAGUAGAGGCUUGA